UGAAACAAUGGGCUCCGUGUCAGGUGCCCGGUCGAUGUACUUAUGUCGACCACGCACCUUGUGUUUGUGUUGGAGGCUGUCCCCCUUCUCAAUCAAUCUUCCUGACAGUGGAUGUCCACCUGCUGCCGCCGCCAUCACCCGAGAAUUGGUGGGUUCAUCAGGCUGAGAUCAUGGCUCUGAUCUCUCAAUCCGACGUCCACAUGUACGAAGACUUUGGAGCCUUUGAAGUUGACUCCGGCACUACCGAUACUUGUUCCGCAGGCCCAUCCGUCGAGCCACUGAACUCCGGUGUCAACGACCAAGAUUCCCUGGAAGAUGUUGCUCCAGCGUCAGACCAACUGCACAGUCGACUUCCAUUACCUCCGCGUCUGAGGAGGCCAGUGAUAUCACAGAUGAUCUGGGAGGGCCUCAAGUCAAUCAUCCAAGAUCUGUAUAUUCGUCAGCAGCUCAGUCUCGAAGAAGUGCGACAGAGGAUGAAGGAGCAACAUAAUUUUGAUGCCACCGAGCAAAUGUACAAGAAACGUCUACGGGACUGGGGAGUGCGAAAGAACUACACCCAAACGCAGAAGCUAGAGGCCAUCAAACAACUGCGCGAAGCACCAUCCGACACCUGUGGCAACUUGACGUUGCAGGUGAACGGCACGUCUCUCAAGGAACGUCGAUUAUGGCGCCCUGUCAUGCAAAAGCGGAACCGUGUCAUCCUUGCUCCUCGACCUUCCCCAGCCUCCAGCACAAACGCGCGUAAGCGGCUGGGGCGGUUUGGGCAUACACCUACACCGCAGCACCUUCAGCUUCAAGUCGGCCACCAGACUCAGACCGUUGAGUCAUUACUGAGAUAUGCCCAAUCAUAUCAUUCGUGGUAUCAGGCACAAAACCAGAUCAAGGUUCAAUAUGGGUACACUUUGCGACUUCAGAAAGUAUUCGACGGACUGAGGAGUAGCAUUGGUCUUCUUCACAGAGGCGACUCCGUGGCAUUUUGCCUUAUAAAUCUGAGUUGUUCUGACUUUUAUGCUCUCCUGCAGGCCCAACCAUUCCAGUUGCUGCCAGAAAUCAUUACCUUGUCCGGAUACCGUCGACUUUUCCCCAGGAAGUACGAGAAGGUAGUAGAGUCCGUCCUCAAAUUCUUCGCUUCGUUAGCGAAGACAACCUUGGGAAUGUCGCAUCCCAUAGCCAAUUUCGCGACCAUCCUUCUAGAGGUUGACCCAGAGCAUUUUGCUUCGUGCUUGAGGCGGUAUGCAGAACUCCUGCUUGACCAAACGAAAACAGUUCGCAACGCCAUGGACUCCGCAGGGAUGCAGCUAGCCAUAAUUGACCUUUUCGAAGCGGCCGGGCAACGUGACAUGGCAUCUCGCUUGUGUCGGCGUCUGUGGAAGGCUGUUCAGCCCGAUCCUUUUGUUCUGACUCCGGUGCGCACAAGAUUGGUAGAAAUGACGGUCCGGUUGGCAGUAGACGAAAAAGACUACUCAGCGGUCGAGCAAUUCCUCAUGCAGAUAAUCAGCGGCAGCGUUGUCGCUACUGGCAAGCAGAACGGCAACACCGACAGUACCCUUGCUUGUCAUUUCCUGGGAUGGAUGUAUCUUGGAAAGGGACAACUACCAAAAAGCGAGCAGUUUUAUCGCUUGGCAGUCGAUGGUGCUUUGCGGAUUGGGGGCUUCCCUCAUUCGGCCAUUUUGGAUAUGUUAAAUCAGUACGAGACCAUUCUUUGGAAAUCUGGAAAGGAAGAAGAGCUCGCACAGCUCCGGAGGGAGUACCGGGGCAUCUGGGCGCCAUUGGACGAAUGGAGACUCGACCAUGAUCUUCAGGGGCGGACGCCUUUGCCCGGCGGUCUUGGAUGAGUGUCCUCUCCUCCGCUUCGUGUGCAAUACUUCUUGGAAGUUGGGAGGGUAUUCGUUCGCUCCUGGCGCAAAUGGGAAAAGCACAAAGACCAGGAAGCGGAGAGCGGGUUACGAGUCCGUUGAAGCAGACAGAGGCGUGAACUGGAGGGAGGAGGACAGCCUCGCAAGCGUCCCGAGAGUAUCCCGCUGGACGUCAUUGCUCCCCGUGUUCUGCAAUGGAGAGGUGCACAACGGAUUGGUUUCUUCCACAGUCUCACACCACGACGCAACGGGAAUUGGGGAAGUUUCAGGGGGAAUGUGGAAUUCGGUAUGGACAUGGACAAGACUACGAAGUUGAUGACGAAUAUGACGGCAUAAUUGAUGUUGGCAUUGGCCUUAACAUUAUGAGCACUGGCAUUUGCAAGCGAUGACUGAUCGUACGGGCAGGGAGGACUUGAAGUUCUGUCAGAGCCAGAACCCAUGAGGACGGGAGACAUUCUUGGCCCUGGGCAGUCUCUGGUGACUUGGAGAUGGUGGCAUUUUCUCUUCGGUUUUCUUUCUGGUCAUUCACUAAUAUGGUCAUCGUCCGAUCAAGACGGAAAAUUGAAGCGAGUUGGAAUGUUAACGUUCUAAGACUGAGAAGGGAAUUGAUGACUGACAGUGUAUGUACCGAAGGAGG